GAAACUCAAAGGUCGCACCCUGUGUCAACUUUUUAUUGUAAUCCGAGAGGAGGACUGAAUCAUGAGUGGAAGCCGGCCCUCUCAACAUGUGGAGAUAUGAAGGCGUGGAACACAUGGACACAUCCGACACCCCUUGGUGUUGGUUUUACCUGGCUGACUGUGGGAGGUGGCACCAGUUUGAGGAGGAUGUCGACGGUUUCCUCAGCAGCCAAGAUCUAGAAAAGUGUUACCUGAGAGAUCCAAAAGGAAUUUUGAGGAACUUUUGUCAGAACACCAUGAUUGAUUUCUCAGCAAUGCUGCAGACUGACCUUACCACAGGAAUGCAGAGGCGAAUCAAACGAGACCACGGCAUCAAGAGAAGCUGUUCCUGCUUUAGUUCCGCACCUGUGUUCUGGGACAGGAUGGAUGCUUCCACUGCAUAUCAGCUAACCCCUCUGAGUCAAGUCACGGCUGAAUACCAGACAGUUGCAGAUUUUGUGGUUCAAGAAGGACUCCUGAACAAAACCAUUGUAGGACUCUACCGGAUUCAGAAUUUUGACCUCUGGGAAAUAUUCUGCAGGAAAAGGAAACAGCUGAUGAGGCUUCACGGUGUCCACAAAUUCCCAGAGAGACGUCUUUUUCACGGAACUGACGUCAAAAAUGUUCAUAACAUUUGCAAGUAUAACUUUGAUUUGCAUUUAGCUGGACAGAAUGGCCAUGCAUUUGGUACAGGAAUCUAUUUUGCCAGAUGUGCAUCAUUUGCAGACAAAUACAGCCCGAGCUGCUCAGAUCCUGUAGCUCUGUUCGGUGGGGCGACGCUCUCUGGAAACUAUAAAAUACAGUUUUUGGCACGGGUGUUGGUUGGGAAAUCUCAGGUUGGACAACCUAAUUUCAAAAAACCAGAUCAUGGAAAAGCUGAAAACAAACACAACAGCUGCGUAGAUGAUGUCAAACAUCCCAAAAUAUUUGUCAUAUUUGAUCCAAAUCAGAUUUAUCCAGAAUAUCUGAUUCAGUACCAAUAAACGUAGACUAAAACAGGAUGUUCUCGGAAUGUAAGGAGGAAUAUUUUUAUAUUUUUGUAAUUAGAAACAAUCUAUGCUUAAGUGCAAAUAUUUUAUUGUGUUUAUAAGAAUGCAGAUUAGAAGAACACUUGAUUUUUUGUUUGCUUUAUCAUUAAAAAUUACCUUUUUUGUCUUUUAUCUUUUAUUUAUUUAUUUAUUUAUUUUUUUGGUCAGACCAUAAUCUGGAAUAAGAUCUUUCAACUGUAGUUUUUAUCAAUGGACACUAGAUGUCCCUGUUUUAUCAAAGAAAAGACACAUUUUCAAAGCAUUACUCAAUAGAACAAAAAAGUAGAUUUUUUCCCUGAUAUUUUCUUAUAGGGAGAGUAAAGUUAUUUUUUAAAGAAUAUCACAGUAUCAAUUUAGCACAAAACAUGUCUCUUUUUGCUGAAGAUAAAAGCCAGAUAUCUUUUUAAUUUAUUUAUUCAUUCUUCUUAUAUGAAUCUGGAUGAUAAAUGUAUAUGUAAUUGCUCCAAAUGGACUCUAAAAUAAGCCUUUGCGAUGAUUAAUUACAGCUUAAAAAACAAAAACACCUUCAUAUUUUGUAUAUAUUUAAUUCAAAGAUUUGAUUUUAGUUUGAAUGCUAAAAUAUUCUGAGCAGUGAACAUUCCUCCAUCCCCUCCUUAAAACAUACUAAAAUCAGAUUACAUUUCAAAACGUUUCAACAAGAAUGUUUAAAGUUAAAGUGAUUGGUCUGGACAUUUUUAUAAAUCAGGUAAAUCCAACUUAAUCCAACACAAGGACAAAAACUGAAGCCAAAAGUUUGAUUUGUUCCAGACGUGGUUAAAAAACAAACGUUUAAACCGCCAUAGUUCACUGGAUCUGGUGUUGGCAAAGGGCACCAAGUGUAAAUAUGCUCCUCCUUGUAAAAUACUUCAGACUGAAUUUGUUUUACUUUAUGUUGCAAGUUAAACUAAAUUCUAAAAUAAAGGAAAUCUCAGCCGUAAUUAGUCUAAAUUCCUUCAUUUUAGUUUGGUCGGAUAAUUUUAGCAAUUUUAUCAUCUUGACUUUAUUGAAAUGCACUGGGUAUUUCCAAAAAAAUAUGUUUUUUUCCAAAAAUAAUUCCAACAAAAUGCCAAGUUUGUGGAAAAACAAAGUUCUUCUAUAGAAAUAAAGAGAGUAAAUGCCUGCUAGUGAGCUGCAUUUGUGAAAUCCUGUGUGAUUUCUUGAAAAACUGAAUUGAUCUAAAGCAUACUGUUCCAAGAAGGUGGAACAACAGCAGAGUUGAUGCUGUCUGUGGCACUAAAAGUUAUUAGACUAUUAAAAUAUAUAUAUAUUUAUGAGUCACAUGCUUUUUAAACUGCUGCAAAACUUUUAAAAAGGGGAUUGAUUCUACUGGACAAAAUAAAAAUAAGCAUGACAGGGUUUUGUUUGAAGGAAGUGAAAUUAAUUUAGUGUACAAUUAGGAAAGAAUUUAAUGGAUUAAAAGUCAAUUUUGUUCCAGAAGAAACACUAAAGUAAGACUUGGAUUUUUAAAAGUAAAUUUGAUCAAACUCCAAGACUUAAAAUCCCCCAUGAUAUUUUUAAAAUAAAAAAAACACUUCUCAGUAGUGUUUUAAUUAUGAUUAUGACAUUUUUAACCAAAAUCCCACAACCUACAUCUCUUAAAAAGGCAUUUUUUGUGUUUAUCUGAAACCUCUGUUUCCAAAAUCUCCUCUGAGGGGGCGUGGCUAUUAGCACUGAGCUGAGUAGCUCCGCCCCCGAUCCCCCCUGUCUGAUUAUGAUAAUUCUGUUUCGCUGACUAUUAAGUAAACCUUCAGCUGAAGAAACAACUAGUGGAACAAGAGAUUUAGCUUAGCCAAAUUGACAUUGGAAUUGUUGCCAGUUUCUUUUUAUUUAUUUAUUUAUUUAAUAUUUCUUGUCAAUCAAACAAGUACAAGUUUAUGCCAGGAAAUUAUACCAAAGGUAAUGGUAGCAUUUGUGUUUCAAAAAAAAAAAAAGCUAGCGAGUAAAAUAAAAAUUAGAUAAAAUAAUAAAAAGAAUAUAUAUAUAUAUAUGUAGUUAUUUUGUAUAAGAGCUGUAGACAUGGUAAAAAAAAUGCAUCUUUGUAUAAAAUAUUAAAGCAAUCUGGUUAAUGAGAAAGUCUGUCUGAUUUUUAAUGAUGUAAUUCACAACUUCCUCUAUGAUCCUGAAAU